CCACGCAGGGCCACGUCUGCGGGUCCGAGGGCGCAGUCCCGGGCCGGGCGCCGCCGCAAGGCAGCUGCUGCGCCGGGAGACAUGGAUCCAGAGGCUGUUAGAAAACACUCAGCAUUGCACGCCAAGCCCGAUGGACUCGUUCUCCAAUACGGGACUGCUGGAUUUCGCACGAAAGCAGAACGUCUGGACCAUGUCAUGUUUCGCAUGGGAUUAUUAGCUGUCCUGAGGUCUAAACAGACAAAGUCGACCAUAGGAGUCAUGGUAACAGCGUCGCAUAACCCUGAGGAAGACAAUGGUGUAAAAUUGGUCGAUCCUUUGGGUGAAAUGUUGGCACCAUCCUGGGAGGAACAUGCUACCUGUUUGGCAAACGCUGAGGAACGAGAUGUGUGGAGGGUGUUGAUGGACAUCAGCGAGAAGGCAGCCGUGAACCUGCAGCAAGAGGCCUUCGUAGUGAUUGGCAGAGACACCAGGCCCAGCAGUGAGAGACUGUCCCAGUCUGUGAUAGAUGGCGUGACUGUUUUAGGAGGUCAAUUUCAUGAUUACGGCUUGUUAACCACGCCCCAGCUGCACUACAUGGUGUACUGUCGAAACAGCAGUGGCCGGUAUGGAGAGGCCACCAUAGACGGUUACUACCAGAAACUCUCCACGGCCUUUGUGGAGCUCACCAAACAGGCUUUCUGCGGUGGAAAUGAAUAUCGAUCCCUUAAGGUUGACUGUGCAAAUGGCGUGGGGGCCCUGAAGCUGAGAGAAAUGGAGCCCUACUUCUCCCAGGGACUGUCCGUGCAGCUGUUUAAUGACGGGACGAAAGGGAAACUCAAUCAUUUAUGCGGGGCCGACUUUGUGAAAAGUCAUCAGAGACCUCCACAGGGAAUGGAAAUGAAGUCCAAUGAAAGAUGCUGUUCCUUUGAUGGAGAUGCAGACAGAAUUGUUUACUACUACAGUGACGCCGAUGGCCACUUUCAUCUCAUAGAUGGAGACAAGAUAGCAACACUCAUUAGCAGUUUCCUUAAAGAGCUCCUGGUGGAGAUUGGAGAAAGUUUGAAUAUUGGUGUUGUACAAACUGCAUAUGCAAAUGGAAGUUCAACACGGUAUCUUGAAGAAGUUAUGAAGGUACCUGUCUAUUGUACUAAAACGGGUGUAAAACAUUUGCACCAUAAGGCUCAAGAGUUCGACGUUGGGGUUUAUUUUGAAGCAAAUGGGCACGGCACAGUCCUGUUUAGUAAAGCUGCUGAAAUGAAGAUAAAACAACUAGCGAAAGAAUUAGAAGAUAAGAAAAGGAAAGCUGCUCAGAUGCUUGCAAAUGUUAUUGACUUGUUUAACCAGGCCGCUGGUGAUGCUAUUUCUGACAUGCUGGUGAUUGAGGCAAUCUUGGCUCUGAAGGGCCUGACUGUACAAGAGUGGGAUGCUCUCUACACGGAUCUUCCAAACAGACAGCUCAAAGUUAAGGUUGCAGACAGGCAAGUUAUUAGCACCACUGAUGCUGAAAGACAAGCAGUGACACCCCCAGGACUACAGGAGGCAAUCAAUGACCUGGUGAAGAAGUACAAGCUUUCGCGGGCUUUUGUUCGACCCUCUGGUACUGAAGAUGUUGUCCGAGUCUAUGCGGAAGCAGACUCGCAAGUAAGCUGGGACAGUGCUGGAAAGUGCAGACAGCCUUGCCCAUGAAGUGAGCUUGGCAGUGUUUCAGCUGGCUGGAGGAGUUGGAGAAUGACCCCAUCCAGGGUUCUGAAGAUGACUGUUAUAUUCUUGAAAAACUGGAUUUAAAAAUUUUUAUACAAAACAAGAAUACUGCCGUUAUUGUGACAAGUUUAAACACAUUUAUAAUCAUGUUUAUGAUGCACUGUACUGGAUUGUUUCUAGAUUUGAUUGUUUUUCUCAAACACUACCAGAAUAAUUCUUUAAAAAUAGGUAAGCCUUAUAUUUGUUAAAUUCAGUUUUUUAAAAAUGAAACUUACCUCUGAUUUCAGUCUCACUAAUGUAAAAUUUUGGGGCUUAAGUAUAUGAUUCAAUCAUUAACUUUAUAAUAUACAUAGAGAAAAAUCCAUGAGGGCUGCUGGAAAAUUAAAUCUUAUUUAUUACCAACUCCUUUGGAUGUCUUUUCUCUCACUGUUGCCUAACCAAGCUGUCAUUUUGCAGUAUUCACCAUUGUUGACACAAACGGGGAGGGGGGAGAAGACCUUAUGCAACCAAUUUUUCCACAGCAGAGUCUUCAGAGCGAUUCUGAAGUGACUUACCUCUUGGAUUGACAUCACUAGGAACUGAGAGGUGUGAACACAGAGGCCGUACAUCUCCCCUGUCCUCAGGUUGAGAUGCUCCUCCUACACUUAGAGGAUGCAUGGCCCAGGCUCAAUUGCUCGUUACUCCUCUU